CACGUCAGCUUACGUCUCCAAAUUUCUGCUUAGCGAACCUGCUUCAAAGAGCCAAGAGGCACGGCGCUUCAGAGCCAUGUUCAGGGCGGCUUUGGAGGAAUCCGAACCCAACAUAGAGACAUAGGAGCGGCUGGACGACGAUGAUGGAUUUCGACGAAAGGGUUCCCGUCGGAUCGAACAUGUAUUUACCCAGUUGCACUUACUACGUGUCGGCGGGGGCAGAUUUCUCAGGUUUGCCCUCGUUUCUGUCCCAGACCCCGUCCAGCCGCCCCAUGACAUACUCGUACUCCUCGAACCUGCCGCAGGUUCAGCCGGUCAGAGAAGUGACAUUCAGGGACUACGCGGCCAUUGACGCGUCCGGUAAAUGGCCGCACCGGGGGAACUUGCCCCAGUGCUACCCGAGCGCGGAGGACAUGGUGCACCGGGACUGUCUGUCGGCGCAAACCGCCGUCGUUGGAGAUAUGUUUGGCAAAAACAGCCCGGCGGCCGCCGCCGCCGCCUACCACCACCACCAUCACCACCACCACCACACGGGCACGGGCUCCGCAGCCAGCAACUUCUACGGCAACGUGGGCAGAAAUGGCGUGCUGCCGCAAGCCUUCGACCAGUUCUACGAGACGGCGUACGGGAACGCGUCGGAGAGCUCCUCCACAAGUGCCUUCUCAGGGGACAAAACGGGGGCCAAGCAGCUCGGCUCGGCGCCGGAGCAAGCCCCUUCUUGCCGCGAUUCCGACGCAAAGGAGCAGCGGGAGGAAACCAGCAGUCCCGAGUUAUCUUCCGGCAACAAUGAGGAGAAAUCCAGCAGCGGCAGCAGUGGACAGAGAACCCGCAAGAAGAGGUGUCCCUACUCCAAAUAUCAGAUCAGAGAACUGGAAAGAGAAUUCUUUUUCAGCGUGUACAUAAACAAGGAGAAAAGGCUUCAACUGUCGCGGAUGCUCAACCUCACCGAUCGACAAGUAAAGAUUUGGUUUCAGAACCGACGCAUGAAGGAGAAGAAACUGAACAGAGACAGAUUACAGUAUUACACGUCUAAUCCUUUGCUUUAGGAGCAGCCACCCCCACCCUCCCACCGCCACUGGUGUCCAGCUGUGGGUCUGGUUGGCGAUGUUUCCAGACUGUAGCUUCCACAACACUGCUCCGUGGUUAAUUUCAAGUUCGAGGACAACAGUGAUAUGAAAUCCCUUGAACUGACGCAGUCUUUUUUGGACUCCGAUUGCGCUCUUCCUUUUGGGGAAAAUGUACGUCCUCCUCAAAACUGUGUAUCUCCAAAGGCCCCAUAUUAGUGUUGGGACUCAGAGACAUUUAUUUUCCUUUUACGCAGGCAAAAAAAAAAAAAAAAAAAAA